AUGGAGGAUAGUUUCGUCUUUUCGGACGAAAAAUACUCGAAAGAUGUCCUGAAGCGAUUGAGUGGAUUGCAAAAACAGGGAAUUAUGUGCGAUGUUAGAAUCACAAUGGAAGGUGAAGAAUUUCAAGCCCACAAAAAUAUUCUGUCGGCAAGCUCAGACUACUUCUUCGCUAUGUUCAAUGGAAAUAUGAAAGAGAGUAAGCAGAGGGAGGUUACCAUCACCGGGGUUGAUAAAGACAGCAUGAAAAUGAUACUGGGAUUUAUUUAUACUGGCGAGAUUGUGUUAGACUGGAGCAAUGUAGAACCGAUCCUACAGGGCGCCAAUCUGAUGCUAGUGCAGUCUGUAAAAGAUGCUUGUGGGCGUUUCCUUGAAAGUCGACUCAACGUGAAAAACUGCCUUGGUAUUCAAACUUUAGCAGAAACCUACGCGUGUCCAAAAUUAUGGACAACUACGAACACUUUCAUCUAUCAGAAUUUCCUUCACGUGGCCGAGAGUGAAGAGUUUAUGAAUUUGGACGAGAAACAAAUCCAGACUUUAUUACAAAGUGACGAGAUCUCAGUGGAAAACGAGGAAAAAGUUUACGAAGCUCUUGUCGGUUGGAUAAACUACGAUUUGGAAAGUAGACGGCCGUUUUUUCCCUCAUUAAUGGAAGAUAUUCGCCUGCCUCUUGUUUCCCCGUACUAUUUAGUUGAUGUGGUUGAGCACGAAGAACUCUUCAACACUUCUCCAAGAUGUAAGGAACUAUUACUUGAAGCACAGCAUUAUCACUUGUUACCAGACCGUCGCCAGCAUCUCGACACCACUAGAACGAGACCGCGCAAUUACGAACGUUUUCACGAGAUUCUCAUUGCUAUGGGCGGCAAUGGAGACUAUCAUAAUCAAAGCACAGUUUUCGGCUUCAACAUUGUAACCCAGGUAUGGUCCGACCUGCCACGGUUUACAAAGGAUCGCGGGUAUCAUGGCAUUGCAAGUUUUGGAGGACAGCUCUACGUGACUGGAGGUUAUUGUAACGUCAACUCUGAGACACUCGACAUAGCCCAGAGAUAUGAUGUACGACAGAAGGAGUGGCAUAACAUGCCCAACAUGUUGACAAGGAGAAGUAAACACGGCUCCGUGGAGGUAGAUGGUCAUGUAUACAUUGUUGGCGGCUAUGACGGUCAAAACACGCUCAAUUCCAUAGAAUGUUUCAGUCUUCAAGCAGGAAGAUGGCGCACCAAGUCUCCCAUGCCGACAAGAAGAAGAUGUGUCGCCGCGGUAGCUCACGGGAAGUCUAUUUACGUCAUUGGCGGCCAUGAUGGUUCCAGUAUUUUAAAUACAGUCGAGUGCUAUGACACUACAAGGGAUUCUUGGAACUCCACAGAAGUUCAACCGAUGCACGACAGACGUUCUUUUCCAAGCGCGCUUGUCGUGGACGACGAAAUGUACGUGUUAGGCGGUUACGAUGGUAACGACACUCUCAGAUCGGUGGAAUGCUACAGUUUUACGACGCUUGAGUGGACUCAAGUGACUCCCAUGUGCACGCCCAGGUCCAACGCCGGAGCAUGCGUAUUUAACAACAAAAUUUAUCUCGUCGGGGGAUGGGACGGGAUUAGUUUGAACUCGGUAGAAUGCUUCGACAUAGCUACCCAGGUGUGGCAGCGCAUGCCCUCCCUCCCCCGACCAACAACUGGUGUGCGAUGCUGUUUUUUAUCCUUCCAGUCUACGAGCGAACAAAAGCAACCCAAGAACAGAGGCAGCCGCGGCCAUAUGUGUAUUAUAUGCUAG